AUGAUCCGUACCGUGCAACGAACAUCAUCCGCCAACGACCGUCGAUACGCCGACAUCAAGAUGGUCAACCUUCGCACCCAGAAGCGCCUCGCGGCCUCCGUGGUCGGCUGCGGCAAGCGCAAGAUUUGGCUCGACCCCAAUGAGAUGACCGAGAUCUCCAACGCCAACUCUCGUCAGACCAUCCGCAAGCUCGUCAGCGAUGGUCUCAUCAUCAAGAAGCCCGUUACCAUGCACUCCCGCGCCCGCGCCCGUGAGUUGAACGAGGCCCGCCGCAUCGGUCGUCACCGCGGUCUGGGUAAGCGCAAGGGUACCAAGGACGCCCGUAUGCCCAGCCAGGUCCUCUGGAUGCGCCGCAUGCGUGUUCUCCGUCGUCUCCUCGUCCGCUACCGUGCCGCCGGCAAGAUCGACAAGCACCUCUACCACGAGCUCUACCACCUGAGCAAGGGUAACACCUUCAAGCACAAGCGUGCUCUGGUUGAGCACAUCCAGAAGGCCAAGGCCGAGCGCCAACGUGAGCGUGUCCUCAAGGAGGAGAUGGAUGCUAAGCGUGCCAAGAACAAGGCCCUCCGUGAGCGCCGCGCUGAGCGUGUCGAGGCCAAGCGCAACGCUCUGGCCGGCGAGGCCCAGGAGUAA